AGAGCCUCGCAUUCUCCGCUUGUAAUUUAAACACCAACCACUUCCUGUCAAGUAAUGGCGUCCGUGUGAAGCAGUCUUAUAACAAACACUUAACAAAUCUACCAGAAAACUAACUAACAGAGGCACUCACAUAGCGAUUUGAACAAGAUGCCGGUGUCGGUAGGACCGUAUGGACAGACGCAGCCCAGUUGCUUUGACAGAGUCAAGAUGGGCUUCAUGAUGGGGUUUGCCGUGGGCAUGGCUGCAGGCGCCAUGUUCGGAACUUUCUCCUGUCUCAGGAUCGGCAUGAGGGGUCGAGAGUUGAUGGGCGGAGUUGGGAAGACCAUGAUGCAAAGCGGCGGCACGUUCGGAACCUUCAUGUCGAUUGGGAUGGGCAUCCGCUGCUGAGAUCACACUAAUGCCACUUCUCAACUGAUAGGACUUUUGUAGAUUCAUUUAUUUGUUAUCAUACCCCCAUUCAAGGACACGGGUGUCAAUAAAGACUGAUUGAAGAAAACAGA